GUGAAGUUGCGUGGAAAAGAAAUUGCGCUUUCAACUUUUGCAGGUUGCUUUUUGAUCACCAGCACACACAUAUAUAUACAUAUAUAUCACCUAUUUCCACCAUACACACAUAUAUAUAGAGAGAGAGAUCAAUAUGUGUGCAUAGAAAGAGAGAGAGAGAUGGGGGACUACAUGAAGAGAUGUGAUAAGAGUGUGACAAUGAAGAGUAUGGAGGAUGAUAUGAGGUUGAUUUCCAGUAAGAAGAGGAAGUUUUACUCUGAGCUUGAAAAUGAGUGCUGUGGCAACGUGGAAGUAGAGGAGAAUUCAGUGUCGCCGGCGGCGUCUAGGACCUCCGGUUGUUGUAAGCAUGAUGAGUCGACUGACGUCGUGAAGAGGAGUUUGAGAUCACCAGAUCUGGAGAAUGUUGAUGAUUUGCUGUCCGAGGGUUCUGAAAUGGACAUUGCCGCCUUUACCGAAGACGUCUUCAGUAGAGAGGCGACACCAACUAGCGAGCUCUAUGGAGACUCAGAGCAAAUGUUGAUGCAUUCAAAGGCCACGUCAAAGAGGAAAUCAUCGACGCCUCCCCGCCGGAAAAUUCCAGCGUCUCUAGCGGAGAAUAUGCCGUCGGCGGCGGAGCUGGAGGAGUUCUUUGCAGCGGCAGAAAAGUACGAGCAGAAACGAUUCACUGAAAAGUACAACUAUGAUAUAGUGAAGGACGUUCCAUUGGAGGGGAAAUAUCAGUGGGUUCGUUUACAGCCUUAAAUGAAGUUAUUCCUGAAAGAAGAAAGAAGGCAUCUUUUCCUUCCUCUUUAGGAUUUCUUUUUUUUCAAUUUGAUUUUCUUAGGUGGGGUUGGUGUUAAAUUAAUUUACCUGUUCAAGACAAGGCCACUUACCAUUUUCUUAUAACAUAGCUAAUCUGGCUAGCUCUGUGUAUAGCAAGCAAGUCUCCUAUUUAUGUAUAGAAGCUAGAGUUGUUUUACUGAAAAGUUUUUGUAGUAAGAACACAUACUCCUUUCUUGUGCUCUUUUGUAACUGGCAAAAGGAUGGUAAUUGUCAGAGUUCAGUGAAAGAGUUGAUGAUAUUGA